AUGUCUCCUCGUUUCUCGCGCUGCCACCGGAAGCCACUGAACCGGUGGUUAACCGCUGGUUUUCACGGACACUGGAAUCAUCCUCUCAUCUACAGAAACACAAACGCUCAAUGGCGAGUUCAGGAGGCCGGUGUAGUAACCACUCGUUACAGAGCCGCGUUGGAAGCAGCCGCAUCGUCAUCUUCUGUUGAGCAACUGACCAGUGAGGAGGAAGGAGAACAGACCACGCCGCCUAAACCAUCACUACUCAAGGAAGCAGAGAAGCAGAUGGCCGUCGUAGACAACGAUUGGGGAAUUGGCUCCCUACACGCUCAUGACGAGAAGGAGCCCACUCAUGCCAUCACAGUUACCCCAGGAAUACGGGAAUUUUGCGGAUAUUGUGACAUUCAACCAGUACUAGCUGGAUCCACGUCAGAAGAUUACAGGCUCAAGGCGAUACCCUUUGUUUUGAAAGAUGAUGCAAGAAUCUGGUUGAGAAGGCUGCCAGAAGGCUCGAUUAGAACCUGGGCGGAGUUCCGCUUGAUCUUCCUGGACCGCUUCUUCCGAACAUCAAAGACAAGUGCCUUGAAGAGAGAAAUUACAGAGGCGAGGCAGGAGUAUGAUGAGCCUCUGGGCCAGUAUUGGGAUAGAUUUCAGGGGCUGCUGCAAGCGUGUCCUAAUCACAAAAUGGGAGAGCGGGAGGUAUAUUCAACCUUUUAUGGUGGGUUGAAUGUGGACAGCAAAAACGACCUCAAUCUAGCAGCCCAAGGGGACUUCUCAAAAACCCCAUUCAGCCAAGCGAAGAGCAUCCUGGAGAGAUUAAUCUAA